GGGUUUGAUUGAAGAAUAUGGAAGGAGAGAAAAAUAUGGAGAAAGGAUUAUUAUUGGCAAAAAAGGAAGAGACUGCAAAUACAACUCCACUCCUUAUCUUCUCCACCUUCAUCAUUGUCUCUGCCUCCUUCACCUUUGGCGCUGCCAUAGGUUAUACUGCAGAUACAAUGUCCUCCAUUAUGUCAGACUUGGAUCUUUCUCUCGCACAAUUUUCACUGUUUGGUUCGUUGUCGACGUUUGGAGGAAUGAUCGGUGCAAUAUUCAGCGCCAAAGCUGCAGCUGCCUUCGGUCAUAAAAUGACGUUGUGGGUGGCUGAUCUAUUCUGCAUAACUGGUUGGCUUGCAAUUGCACUAGCCAAGAAUAUUAUUUGGCUUGACAUGGGGAGAUUUUUGGUGGGAAUUGGAGUUGGUCUCAUUAGCUACGUGGUUCCUGUAUAUAUUGCAGAAAUAACACCCAAGCACGUAAGAGGGGCUUUUACAUUUAGCAAUCAGCUUUUGCAAAACUGUGGAGUUGCAGUCGUAUAUUACUUUGGAAAUUUCUUGUCAUGGAGAACUUUAGCCAUAAUCGGUAGUAUUCCAUGUUGGAUACAAGUUAUUGGUUUGUUCUUCAUACCUGAGUCUCCAAGAUGGCUGGCGAAAAAAGGUCGUGAUAAAGAAUGUGAAGAAGUUCUUCAAAAGUUAAGAGGAAGAAGAUAUGAUAUUGUGCCUGAAGCUUGCGAAAUCAAGAUUUCAGUUGAAGUUUCGAAGCAAAAUUCGAAUAUCAACAUUCGAAGUCUUUUCAAAAAGAGAUAUGCUCAUCAACUUACAAUCGGUAUAGGUUUGAUGCUUCUGCAACAGUUAUGUGGAACUGCAGGAAUAAGUUCUUACGGAAGCACUCUAUUUAAACUUGCCGGGUUUCCCGCUCGGAUUGGGAUGAUGGUGUUGUCUCUAAUCGUCGUACCAAAAUCUUUAAUGGGUCUAAUCCUCGUGGAUCGAUGGGGGAGACGCCCACUUCUUAUGACUUCAGCGUUUGGGUUAUGUUUAAGCUGUAUCACAUUGGCAGUAGCGUUUGGAGUUAAAGAUGUCCCGGGGAUUGGAAAAAUUACUCCAAUUUCUGUUUCAUUGGAAUAUUGUCGUUUACGAUGAUGUUCGCUAUUGGAAUGGGAGCGUUACCAUGGAUUAUAAUGUCUGAGAUAUUUCCAAUGGAUAUAAAGGUAUUAGCUGGGA